CCUGCACACAAACACCCCCCACGGACCAGCGGAGAUGUAUCAGCUCUCCCUGUUCGCUUUGGCCUCCGCUUGCCCCCUCCCUCUCGCGUCUCUAUACAUCGCCGCUGCUGUGUUGCAGUUCAGUUUGCAUCCUGAGCUCUCUCCUGGACCAGCCGAGAUUUCUCGCUCUGCGCAUCUCUGAUUCAUCUUCGUCGAGAGGAGCUGUUCCUCUUCUUUGCCGCCUCGAAUCUGGGACUGGUCGGUUUUCUGGAUCCCUGCUGCCUGUCGGGUUCUCGAGAGGUGUAAAAUCCAAUGGAGGGUGUGUCAUCGUUGAACCAGCCGUUGAUCAACGACGACCGGCAGCCCGUGCCCAGCAGUAUCGCCAAGGGUGAUCAAAUCCAAGGCCUGUUGUCGGGUGAAUGGACAAAUGAGCGGCACAGCUCGUACAUAAGCUCCAUGGAGGCAUCUUUCGUGGAGCAACUCCGUAGUGGUUCCAAGGCCAUCCAGGAGGGCUUGUGCCAGAGCAUGAGGAUUCCGAGGGAUGAUGCUCGCAGCCAUGACGUCCCUGAGAGUCCGUGGGUGGUGGUGAGGCGUUUCAGGCCACGCGGUGUCCACCAUGGCGAUGGAAUGGAAGUGGAACCUUUGGUCGAUGGUUAUGGAUCAGAAGUCACGGACCAGAAUUUUCCUGAGGAGGGGAUUCAAUCCAGUAACGGUGCAUGCAAGAGACAGAAAUCUACUCCUGGCAAUGCAUCAAAUGGCCAGGGUACUUAACAAGAUAGUGGAAGCCAAGCCAUGCCCUCUCUGAAGCCUUCAGGAGGCCAUGGGGGAAACGAGACUUGUCUGCAGUACUACGUGAUGACAGGUCGUGCUGCAGCUGCAAGUAGUUUGGCUUACCAAAAUAUGAUAUCGUCGUCCUUUCUGCGGUGUGGAGAGUAGAAUAUGCAUAUCCACAUCUGCAGAGAGCACCGGUUCUCUUCUUCUUGUUGCUGUUACUAUUUUGUGCCAUGGAGCAAAUUUAUUUGGUAAAUUUGAGCUGCCACUGUCUGCAGAGUGAUUUUUUUUAGAAAACAAUGCUGGUUCCUAGGGCUUGUUCGGUUAUUCACAA